GUCGUAUAUAAGAGCUGAAGCGUCUGCAGCGUCUCCACAUUCACCAUCAAGGUGCAUCAGAGACUCAUUUUACUAUCUGCAUCCAAAGGGGUUGGAAGCCGUGUGACGAUGUCGACCGAGAAGAACUCUGAGGUGGUCGCCUGCGACGCCGCCAUCAUGAAGAGCGUCUGGGAGAUCAGGGAGCGAGAGCAGGACCAGAGGAAGCAGCAGGAGCAGGAGCGGUUACAGAAGAGCGCCCUGUCCUCUAUUAACGAGGAGUGGGCAGGUCGUUUCAGAGCCAGACAGGGAAACUACAAACGGGUGGAAAGUAAAACCAAACCCGCUGACACUCAAAUAGAAAAUGAGAAUUUCUGGAAGGGCAAGACACCUGUGGCUCAACCUCCGCUGCCUCGUGGUGCAGGUCCGGGAUCUUUUGGCCGACCAGGAGCCCAGAGCAGGGGCUUCUCCUCUCAAACGCCAGGCCACAAGAACAAAAAGGGGCAGGACAAGAGUUUCAACAGGUUGCAGUCCCUCAUGUUCAUCACCCAGACUCAACCUUGUUCCAUGGUGUGGGGAAAGUCAUGGAAGUACAACAAAUCUUUGCCACCACCAGCAGAGGCUACAUCAGACUGGGGUCAGUGCUGGAUGUUUGCGACCCAGCAGCCUCACUCUGAAGCAGACAAGCCAAACGGGCCCAACAUGAAGGACCCUCACAGUCUUCAUCUGUGGAACAAGCCAGACUACAGGCUGAUGGAGACAGAAGAGCUAGACGUGAGUCUUCCUGCUGAGAAGUGGCAGAGUUCCUGGAGGAAAUCAAACCCAAGCAAUAAGAAAGAUCCAUCUUCUGUAAAUGAAGAGAAUGUCAGCAGAUACGGUUUCUUCACCAUGUUGCUGGAGAGUCUGCACCACGACAAAACCCCGUGCUCAGAGUGGAGUGAUUCAUGGAGAUCCACCAAGGCAGCGAGUCAGCAGGAUCAUCUUCCAGAUGAAGCUUUAAUUAAUGAGUCCGUUAUGAACAAGCAAGAUAAGAAGUGUGAGGUAAGCUCCAUGUGGGAGGAAUGUUGGAGGAUUUCCAACCUUCACGGCUGCAACAAAUCCGAGCCUCGAAGUGAAAGCUCUCACAGUCCAGAGUGGGAAAAUUCAUGGAGAGCCGCUACGGUUGUCAACAACAACCACGAUAAUUCUGAUCGCUCUUUGAGACCAGAUGACAAUGAUUCCUAUGACGAUUCCAUCCAGUGGAAACAGUCUUUUCUUCAGAAAAUCAAGCUUGAGUCCAAUGAGCAUAAGUACAAAGAUCUGUACCUGCAGCUCUACAACGAAUUUCACGCUCUCUCUGAGUGGAGCAAGUCAUGGCAGGUGACGAAAAACAACUCACAACCCUGUGAAGAAAUAGAGAAGGUUCUAAAGGCCCAGUCACCUAAGAUGGAGACCACUCUGAAGACUCAGACGAUGGAGAAGUGUUCAUCAUCAGAGGAAGCAGACCCAGACUAUGAACAACUGAAACAUGACAUAAUAUACUGGCCGGAGAGAGAAUUCACCCAAUCUAAGCUGCAGUCUCUGAGAUCUGUGGAAAAUGUCGCAUUUUCCUCAAACUGGAUGGACUCCUGGAAAACACUGAAACAUAGAAUGAGGGUGGAAAGAAGAAGAACGAGGCCUGACCCCAUGAGGCCUUUCAGGGAGUCAGAGGACAGAGACACGAGGUCCACUGCCUCAGAAUGGAAAGACUCAUGGAAAUACAGAUGUCAGCCUCUGCAACAGGAGCCUGAACUCUGGCAGGGAGGUUGGUCCACCACACCCCAAGUCCGAGUCGAUCGGGCAAGGUACCAGGACCACUUUGCGCCUGUGGAACUCCCUAAGAAUGGACCAACUGCGGAGCAGUCUUGGGGAGCAUCGUGGAGGUCCACAAGGCGCCAGCAGCGAUCACAACCUCAGCAAGGUAAUGCACAAUCCAGCGAAGGAAGUUCAAGUGCAGCCUCCAACCUUCCCAGCAGUUCACAGGCUCAGAGGAGGUAUCAUGGGUCAAGUUCUGACUGGCAGGCGUCCUGGAUGGUCUCAGACAGCCAGUUUCACCAUGAUACACCCUCACUAAUCCAGUGGAGCGAGGCCUGGAGGUGUUCCGCCUUCCACACAGAGAACGGGACAGAGCAGGGUUCUACACAGAACUGCGUGGAUGAAGUGAUGGAGAUCCAACCCAUGAAAGAGGAGAUGUCCUUGCAGAGAGCUGAAGCUAAAAUGAGCUGGACUUUAGACGACAAGAUGUUCAGGGAAAGAUACCCUGAGAAACAGUGGAGCACAUCAUGGAGAGCUGAGUCACUUCUGAACCAUCAAACAAGUUAUCAUAGAUCUUCAGAACAACCUGGGAAAGCUCUGUGCAACACAACUCAGCAGCACCAAGCCACUGCCGACGAGGAUGGAUCCAAGUGGGGAAGCUCCUUCAGACUGGCCAACCCGAUGCCCCUCGUGGAGAAGCCAUGGUUGGAGUCCUCUCCCAACCUGUGUCACCACACAGUUUUGUGGUCAAGAGGAAAUAAUGCACAGAACAAGAUCUACACUAACUUAAACAACAACCCUACGAUGUACAGCCUGUGGAGAAGCUCCUAUCUGUUACUGCAGGAGCCCAUUGCACAGAUCAAACAGAAAAGCAAGUCCGAGGAGCUCGUUGACCCGAGGGUGAUCAUAACGAAGAAGAUCCAAACAAGAACGCAUUUGUUCUCCAAUAUUGAAAAUGAGAAACAAUCAGAGAAGACGUGCCCAGGAGGCCACCUCAUCGGCAAAACCCAACCUCGUCCCAAGAAAGUCCCGGCUUCAGAAAAGAAAGUUAAGAUGGCGGAUGAGACCAAAGACAAGUUCUUUGAAGGCUGGGCAGAAUCCUGGAGGUCCUUGGACCUGCCUGGUGGUGUGAGAGAGCAGAUGCCCAUGAAGUCGCCCUCAGGUUGGGCCGAGUCAUGGAAGUUUCUCCUUCCCCUGUACCAGACCACGAGUGGCCCCAAAGCCAAAUAGAAGUCCUGGAUGUUUCAGCUCAGACGAAUCAAACUGAGCAUUUUCUUUAAACUUCCUGUAACAGACCGACCACGUCAAUAAAGAACAUUUUAACAGAGGUUGUUUUCUUUUGCCAAAUGCAAUAAUCACAAAUUUGUCUCUGAUUUAUUGAUCACUGAUAUUUGAAGAGAAUUGCUGAAUUACUAAAAAUAUUUAAUUCGAUUCCAUUUUAUUUGUGUAGCACCAAAUCAUAACACACAUUAUCUCAAGGCUCUUUACAGUGUGACAGCACAUCUAUGAAAUCAAGAUGAAGAGUCUGAACCAAUGAUGCUUGUAAACAACUAUUUCUUCACCUCACAGAUGAUAA